AUGGCUGAGCACUUUAAAGAAGCCAGUUCAUGCAAUACCUGCCUAACUUAUCUCAAAAAACCUGUGCACUUGAAGUGUGGCUACCUGUGCUGCCUCGAGUGCGUCAACUCACAGCAGAAGGAGCCCCACGGGGAGAGUUUGCAAUGCCCGGUCUGCCCUGAGGUCUCUCAGGAGAGAGACAUCAUGCCCUCUAUCCCGCUGGGGAAGCUGGUGUCCCACGUCCAGGAACUGGAGCCCCAGCUGAGAGCUGCCCUACAGAUGGACCCCAGAAUGAGGAAGUUCCAAGUGGAUAUGACCUUGGAUGUGGACACAGCCAACAACAGUCUCGUCAUUUCUGAUGACCUGAGGAAGGUUCACUGUGGGUGUUUCAAACAGAAUAGGAGCUGGCGAGCCGAGAGAUUCAACAAUGCCUUGUGUGUCCUCGGGUCCCCGCGUUUCACUUCUGGCCGUCACUACUGGGAAGUGGAUGUGAGCAAGAGCGAAAAAUGGGACGUGGGUGUCUGCAAGGAAUCGGUUACAAGGCAAGGACAGAUCACGCUGUCUACAGAAAGGGGCUUCUGGACUGUGGGUGUGAGAAGAGCGCCGAUUGUCACUGCCUGCACCUGGCCCUUGACCGCUCUGUUGGUGAAUCCCCGGCUCCACAGGGUGGGGAUUUUCCUGAAUGUGAAUAUGGGCACCGUCUCCUUCUACCAUGUCGGCGAUGGGUCUCAUAUCUUCACAUUCACUAACAUUCCUGCUGCGGAACCACUGCGGCCAUUUUUUGCUCCUUCCAAUGUAGCUGAUGACAGUCAAAGCUACCUGCGGGUCUGUCCUUCAGUGGAUCUAGGCAUUGAACCAGCCUUCAUCCCGGGCGGGGCGAAUGAAGCUAUGAACACAAGAUGUCUGUAG